AUGAGCAGCAAAAAUACUCGUAUCGCGAUUGUCAAUGACGACAAGUGUAAGCCUAAAAAGUGUCGCCAGGAAUGCAAGCGGUCGUGUCCUGUGGUCAAGACCGGUAAACUCUGUAUCGAAGUGACUCCUACGUCUAAAAUUGCAUUCAUUUCAGAAAACUUGUGUAUUGGGUGUGGUAUUUGUGUCAAGAAAUGUCCUUUCGACGCUAUCCAGAUUAUCAAUCUUCCAACUAACUUGGAUGCGGAGGUUACCCACAGAUACUCUGCCAACAGUUUCAAGCUGCAUCGUUUGCCUACUCCAAGACCAGGCCAAGUUCUCGGGCUGGUUGGUACUAACGGUAUUGGUAAGUCCACCGCCCUUAAGAUUCUCGCUGGUAAGCAAAAGCCCAAUUUGGGUCGCUACGAGGACCCUCCCGAAUGGCAAGACAUUAUCAGGUACUUCAGAGGUUCUGAGCUGCAAAACUACUUCACAAAAAUGUUAGAAGAUAAUAUCAAGGCUAUCAUUAAACCCCAGUACGUUGACAACAUUCCCCGUGCCAUCAAGGGCCCCGUUCAGAAGGUUGGUGAGCUUUUGAAGCUCAGACUCGAAAAAGACGCAGACCACGCUAAAUUUGUUAUCAAGUCUCUUGACUUACACAACGUGUUGAAGAGAGAUGUCAACGCGCUUUCCGGUGGUGAGCUUCAAAGAUUUGCCAUUGGUAUGUCAUGCGUCCAACAAGCAGAUGUUUACAUGUUUGACGAGCCUUCCUCGUAUCUUGACGUUAAGCAGCGUUUGAACGCUGCUCUUAUCAUCAGAUCGCUGCUGAACCCCACAACAUAUGUGAUUUGUGUUGAGCACGAUUUAUCUGUGCUUGACUACUUGUCUGAUUUUGUGUGUAUCCUGUACGGUGUUCCCUCCGUGUACGGUGUCGUUACCUUGCCUUCUUCUGUGAGGGAAGGUAUCAACAUUUUCUUGGAUGGUCACAUUCCAAGUGAAAACAUGAGAUUUAGACACGAGGCGCUACAGUUUAGAAUGGUUGACGCCCAAGAUCAGUUGCAAGCUGAAGACGCCACUAGAUCGUUCACUUACCCUAGCAUGGAAAGAACGCAAGGCGAUUUCAAGCUACACGUUGAGUCUGGCUCUUUCUCCGACUCAGAGAUCUUGGUUAUGAUGGGUGAAAACGGUACAGGUAAGACCACCUUGAUUAGAUUAAUGGCUGGCGCAAUUCCUGCCGACGACGGAAAGGAAGUCCCUAAGCUGAACGUUUCGAUGAAGCCCCAAAAGAUUGCUCCAAAAUUCCCGGGUACUGUUAGACAACUAUUCUUCAAGAGAAUCAGAGGUCAAUUCCUAAAUCCGCAGUUCCAAACAGAUGUUGUCAAGCCCCUGAAAAUUGAUGAUAUUAUAGAUCAGGAAGUCCAGCAUUUGUCCGGUGGUGAAUUGCAGAGAGUAGCCAUCGUCUUAGCUCUGGGUCUGCCAGCAGACAUCUACUUGAUUGAUGAACCAUCCGCCUACUUGGAUUCUGAGCAGCGUAUUAUCUGCUCUAAGGUCAUUAGAAGAUUUAUCCUGCACAACAAGAAAACUGCGUUCUUGGUAGAGCACGACUUCAUUAUGGCCACCUACCUGGCUGACAAGGUUAUCGUUUUCGAAGGAACACCAUCUAAGAAUGCGUACGCCAGAACUCCUGAAAGUUUAUUGACCGGUUGCAACAGGUUUUUGAAGAAUCUAAAUGUCACUUUCAGAAGAGACCCCAAUUCCUUCAGACCUAGAAUCAACAAACUUGAUUCGCAAAUGGAUAAAGAACAGAAGUUGUCUGGCAACUACUUUUUCUUGGAUAACACGGGUGUGUGA